GUGAACUCCCGGCAACCAGGCUACUGCAGGAAGCGGGUCGCAGCGACUGUUUCCCUCGGGGGUCUGCUGACAUGGCCAGAAAGGCUCUAAAGCUGGCUUCCUGGACUAGCGUGGCUCUUGCCGCCUCUGGCUUCUACCUCUAUGGUAACAAGUACUUGGACCUUAAUGACUUUGGUGCUGUCAGGGUGGGCAGAGCAGUUGCUACGACAGCUGUCAUCAGUUACGACUACCUCACCUCCCUGAGGAGUGUUCCCUAUGGCUCAGAGGAGUAUCUGCAGCUUCGAUCCAAGGUACACCUUCGCUCUGCCAAGCGUCUUUGUGAGCUCUGCUGUGCCAACCGGGGCACCUUCAUCAAGGUGGGCCAGCACCUGGGGGCUCUGGACUACCUGCUGCCGGAGGAGUACACCAGCACGCUGAAGGUGCUGCAUAGCCAGGCCCCACAGAGCAGCAUGCAAGAGGUCCGCCAGGUCAUCCGCGAGGACCUGGGCAAGGAGAUCCAUGAUUUAUUUGUGAGCUUUGAUGACACCCCUCUAGGGGCUGCCUCUCUGGCCCAGGUCCACAAGGCGGUGCUGCAUGAUGGGCGGACAGUGGCUGUGAAGGUCCAGCACCCAAAGGUGCAGGCUCAGAGCUCGAAGGACAUUCUUCUGAUGGAGGUGCUUGUCCUAGCCGUGAAGCAGCUGUUUCCCAAGUUUGAGUUCAUGUGGCUGGUGGAGGAAGCCAAAAAGAACCUGCCUUUAGAGCUGGAUUUCCUCAACGAAGGGAGGAAUGCCGAGAAGGUGGCCCAGAUGCUCAAGCACUUUGACUUCUUACAGGUCCCCCGAAUCUACUGGGAGUUCUCCACCAAGCGGGUCCUUCUGAUGGAGUUUGUGGACGGUGGGCAGGUCAAUGACAGGGGCUACAUGAAGAGGAACAAGAUUGACGUCAAUGAGGUCUCACGCCAGCUGGGAAAGAUGUACAGUGAGAUGAUCUUUGUCAACGGCUUCGUGCACUGUGAUCCCCACCCAGGCAACGUGCUGGUGCGUAAGCACCCGGGCACGGGGCAGGCUGAGAUUAUUCUGCUGGAUCAUGGACUGUACCAGGUGCUCACAGAAGAGUUCCGCCUGGAUUACUGCCGCCUCUGGCAGUCUCUGAUCUGGACAGACAUGAAGAGGGUAAAGAAGUACAGCCAGCGCCUGGGAGCCGGCCAGCUCUACCCCUUGUUUGCCUGCAUGCUGACGGCCCGCUCAUGGAACUCGGUCAACAGGGGCAUUGGCCAGGCUCCAGUGACUGCCGCUGAGGAGUCAGAAAUCCGGGACAAUGCUGCCAACUACCUUCCCCAGAUCAGUCAGCUCCUCAACCACGUGCCACGCCAGAUGCUGCUGAUCUUCAAGACCAACGACCUGCUGCGUGGCAUUGAGGCUGCCCUGGGCACCCGUGCUGAUGCCAGUUCCUUCCUUAACAUGUCGCGCUGCUGCAUCAGGGCACUGGCCACGCACAAGAAGAAGAAGACCUACUCAUUCUUCAGAAGGACUCAGAUCUCUUUCAGAGAAGCCUUCAACUUAUGGCAGAUUGACCUUCAUGAAUUCAUUCUGAGUGUGAAGGGGUUGAAGCUGGCCAACUGGCUCUUGGCCCUGUUUUUCUGGUUGUUUCCUGCUUCACACUGA